CCGUUCGCGUGCGCGCAGUGCGGCAAGGCCUUCACGCAGGUGUCGCACCUGAGCCAGCACCGGCGCGUGCACACGGGCGAGCGGCCCUACGCCUGCCGGGACUGCGGCCGCGCCUUCAGCCACCGCUCGCACCUGGCGCAGCACCACCUCGUCCACACGGGCGCCCGGCCCUACAAGUGCCUGGAGUGCGGGGCCGCCUUCAGCCACGUGUCGUCCCUCACCGAGCACCAGAAGGUCCACACGGGCGAGAAGCCCUACCGCUGCGGGGACUGCGGCAAGGCCUUCAGCCAGGGCUCGUCGCUGACGCUGCACCGGCGCACGCACACGGGCGAGCGGCCCUACCCGUGCCCCGAGUGCGGCAAGGCCUUCAGCAACCGCGCCUACCUGAUCCAGCACCACAUCGUCCACACCGGCGAGAAGCCCUACGAGUGCGGCGGCUGCGGCAAGGCCUUCAGCUUCUCCUCCGCCCUCAUCCGCCACCAGAGGACGCACGCCGACAGGACGGCCGCGGGCCCCUCUGCGCAGCCGCCGCCGCCCCCGAUUGGACCCCUGAGCUCCCGCCCGGGGGGAGGAGCCUGCCGGCUGCGGCGGCCCCGGGGAGGCCGCGGGGGACCCGCCGCGGAGCGAGGGCUGAGGCGUGCCGGGCCUCGGACGGGCAGGGCCCCGCCUCAGCACUAGCGGGACGUACCCCACCAUCAUCCGGCUGCCCGCGAGGAAACCGAGGCUCCGUGACGUGCCCCAGGUUACCCCGGGAGGCGGGAGGGCCGGGACUGCACCCCGCAUCUCGCAGAACACCCCCUUGCAGCGCCCCCAUGGUUCAAGAUUUAUAAUCUUGUGACCCACAAAAGGGGACCUGAGGACAUAUCUGUGGGUCUCUGGCUGGCCCUUUGAGUGUUGAUUUUAUGACCAGGUAGGUAGGCAUUUGUCCAACACAGUUCAUUGAAUAAAAGGUUCAGCUCCUUUGGUGGAGUCGGCAUGUUAAGUAAGGGCGCAGGGUCUUAAGGAGAAAUGUGGGUCCCUAGCACUGAAACAGUGCUUCUAAAAUUAGAGAAAAAUGAGCAGAGAAAGCCACAGCAGGGAAAGUUCUAGAAGAAAAGAGCGCCUCUCCCCGACAGACCUGGGAAGGGUGAGUUCUUUUAGAGUAGACCCCAGUCUCUUUUUUUCAGGAUAAGGAAACACCUCCCUUUUCCAGCUUUCUCCCCCCCGAGUCAAAGUAUUGAUCUUAAUGGUUGUGUCCAUUAGCUGUUGUCCAGAAUGCAGUUGUCCGCUUCCCAUGCUGUGUGGUCCUGGAGGUCUGGGCCAGGCUCAUUUGGUCUUGUCUAGACUAGUUAUGCAUCUGUGGUCAGUGGUGGGCGGGAGGGGACAGGCUGGUCCAGAAGGGCUCAGCUGGGCCAACUCUGCCCUCCUGCCCUUGAGCCACAUCUUAACCUGGGUGACCUCUCAUGGCAGGAGCAGGGGUUUCAGAGAACGGGCGCACACCAGCACAGCUUCAAGCCUGAUUAUGUCAAGUCUGCUUCUAGUGCCACUGGCCACAGCAGGCCCCACAGCAGAGCCAGGGGCAGUAUAGGAAGGGCCAGCCCACCCGUGUGGCUACAGGGAAGAGUGAAAAAUGGGAAUCACUGUUGCAGUCCCCCUGCUCUUGGGGUGAGACACAAGUUCUAAUCACGCAGCAUGAGCUUAUGUAACUCACGUGGUCCACAACUUAUAAAG